AUGAGUCUGAGUCAGGGCAGCGGUGAUCCAGAACAAUGGCGGGUGCUGCUACACCAGGAAACGCAGAAUCUUCGUGAAGAGUUGCGCAGGGAGAUGCGGGAACAGUUGGGGGAGCAACCGAAUCUGGAGCAGCUGCUUUCUGGGAAUCUUGGCCAAGCCCGCGUGCCGCCCGAGUUGCUAAGGAGCUUCACAUCUGCUACUCCAGUUGGUGCUCCUUCAUUGCUCCCCAGACCAGCAUGGUCUCGACAUGUGUCGGACGGGAAGACAGGGUCGGAGCCCGACGACUCGGAGUUGUUUGAGUGGCAUCGACAUCCGCGACUUGUUCGACCCCCACGUAGCAACAGUAGCUCUCCCAGCAACAGAUUCCGGUACCGUCACCAUGGCCAUGGUCGAGCUGCGAGCAAACAUGGCUCGCCGCACCGCCAGAAGAACAGCUUGCUCCCUCCACACAUGCCUGAGGAAGCAACCUUGAUCCGUUCAUCCCGGAGGUUCUCACAGAUGUCAAAUCCUUUGCUCAUCCGCGAGGUCCGAAGCCCUGCCCAUCAGUCCUGGAGUUUGAGGGCUUUGGUCGAGUCCUCGCUCUUCUCCAGCUUCAUUGGGGCCAUGAUUCUGAUGAACUGCAUCUUCAUUGGAAUUCAGACAGACUAUGCUGCUUCCACCUGGCAAGCCAAGGCAGUUCCGUUCUUCGUGGUCAGUGAGUUUGUUUUUGCCUUCAUCUUCCUCCUGGAGCUCAUCCUCCGCAUUUCUGCCUACAGAUGCGAGUUCUUCACUGGAUCUGACAUGACAUGGAACCUCUUUGAUACCACACUCAUCCUAUCUCAGGCGGUGGAGCAGGGGAUCACUGCGGCCAUCAUCUACAAAAGUGGCGGCCUGCAGGACUUGGAUCUUUCACAGCUGACCGACGAUGUUGUAGUUUUGCGAGCCUUGCGAAUUUUUCGCCUACUUCGCAUCUUGCGGAUUCUCCGAAUCAUGCAUAUCAGCGGGGAACUUCAGGCCAUCACCACUGCUGUGAUGAAGGGCCUUCGGUCGUUUUUAUGGACAGUCAUCUUCUUGCUGCUUCUUCUGUAUGCCGUGGGUGUGUUCAUUACGCAGAGUGUGACGGACUUCAAGAUCAGUUUGGAAAGCCGCGGCUCCUUGGACCCCGAGUUGGGCGACUAUUUUGGAUCACUGGCUGAGACGAUGUUGGCACUCUUCCAGGCCGUCACGGAUGGACAGGAAUGGCGUGAGAUGUUGAAACCGCUGAUGACCGAAAUCUCGCCAUGGAUGGCGGUGCCCUUCUGCAUGUAUAUCUCGUUUACCGUCUUUGCCUUGUUGAACAUCCUCACCGGUAUCUUUGUGGACUCGGCACUUCAGAAUGGGCAAGAAGAAAAGCGUCGCUUUCUAUUGCAAGAAGUGGGACAGCUCUUCUUGGAAGCUGACAAGGAGCAGAUGACGUGGGUGGAUUUCCAGGCUCAACUGGAGAAUCCACAUUUGCAACAGUUGUUUGCAGCCUUGGAUGUGACGGAAGAAGAUGCCUCUAUGCUUUUUCAUAUGUUGGAUGCUUCACACGAGGGCCACAUUCAAGCCGACGAGUUUCUCAACGGUUGCCUGCGCUUGGAUGGCCCGGCCAAAGCCAUCGACUUGGCGGCCUUCAUGGAGGAGUCUCGGAAGGUGAAUCGAACUUUCCUGACACAGGUGCCUUGGCAGUCAAGAUGCACCAAGUAUGGAUUGUGCAGGGUUUGUGGGCCUAGUAAGGCACUUGUUCCUAGUAGCGAUGCACUUGUUCCUAGUAACUUCUUGUUCCUAGUAACUUCUUGUUUCCAGUAG